AUGUCUACCUCUGCCCGCAUCUCGCGAGACGCCUCCAGAGAUCGCGCACAUUCGACGCUCGAUGCUUCUUCGCUCUUCGAUUCCGAUUCUCCUUGGCCCAGAAAGCGAUUCGUGCCGCCCGGUUGGGAAGUCACAACCGCCAUCACCUCACAUGGACUCAAAGCGCAGGAGAUUAAGGUCGUGGACGAUUGCAAAUGUCAGGACCACCGGCAGCGCUACCCCGAGGUUGAGGCCAUUGUGCAGAUGUUCUUCCGAGUGUGCGCCAUCAUCCUGAACAUUAGCGUGUUGAUUAUCGUGUGCAUCCUGGACACCAAUCUCGAGCAAUUUAUGACGGUGAAGGUGCUCUACGGCGUGGUCGGAUACUCGCUCCUCCUCAACACACUUGAACUGCUCUCACUUAGCAACCCACAGCCCACACUGCUUAUACAUCAUCUUCCAUUGUUCUUUCCCGCCAUUGCGUCGACCUCAUCACCGGAAUUGCAGCCGCGCGUUCCCCGCCUGCCGUCGAUGUAUCUUGCGAUCUGCGAACUCGCUGGCUUAAUCGCUGGCUUUUGGAGCGCAUUUCUAUUUCUCAAUCCAAUUGUCGAACAUGACGCAAACCGUGGUGGAUGUCCUGUCGCGACAUGCGUGACGUCCGAGGAGCAUGAUAUGAUAUAUGGCUACAUUUUGGAGGUAAUGGUUGGACUGGUGCAUGUCGGAUUCUUCCUGAUGGCGUUUGUGCACUGGGCGAAGAGGAAGGGUCCUGGCUGGCUGGAAGCAUGGGAGAAGUAG